UGCACCGUAAUAACAGCUAACGUCCUCCGGCGUACCGUGGACGGACUUCAUGGAUCUAUAAUCGAAUAUUUGACAUUCGGAUAAAGGAGAGCGUUAGAAGGAUUUAAAGCUAAACGAGAGGACUUCUUAACAGAAAAAUUGGGACACUUCCCCCUAAACGCGGGGAACUGGAUUAAGCUUCUUCAUGCAACUUUUUUGGAAAGAAACCAAGAGCAUAUCAGUGGGGAAUAAUAAGAAGAUCAGCAACGGUGACAUCGCGCUCUCUCCGGUAACUGCAGGUGUCUCGUUCUCUCUCGGUCCCUGCGGGGAGAUGUACCAAGGGUUCCCCGGCGACCCCGACAGCGGAUCCCGUGGAAGCUCGUCUCCAUCCAUAGAGUCCCAGUGCCUUUCCUCCGUGGACUCCUUCGGGAGCCCGCCGACCACCAGUGCUCCGCAGGAGUGUGUGUCAGCGGGAGCUGGCUUGAGCAUUGUGGGCAGCGGGCUAGGGGCCAGUAUUGGAGGGGAGAUGCCCGGUUCAUUUGUACCCACCGUCACCGCCAUCACCACCAGUCAGGACCUGCAGUGGAUGGUGCAGCCGACCCUCAUCUCUUCCCAGGCCUCUGGUCAGAGUGGGUCCACUGGCACUACAACCAUGACCCAGCCAGUUUCACUGGUUGACCCAUAUGACAUGCCAGGCCCCAGUUAUUCUUCAAGGUCUGGAUUCACUCCUCCAAGUUCAGAUACUCCAGGCCCAGCACCGGGCCCUAUCCGCCAGCCCAGAACCCGCAGCCGCCGUUCACGAGACGAGUCUGUGAGUGACGAUGGAGAUGUUGGUGUGUUACUAACACCUGAGGAGGAGGAGAAGAGGCGUGUUCGUCGAGAGAGAAACAAACUGGCGGCCGCCAAAUGUAGAAACCGCCGACGAGAACUCACAGACAGACUGCAGUCGGAGACAGACAUACUGGAGGAGGAGAAGGCGGAGCUGGAGGCUGAGAUCUCGGAGCUGCAGAAGGAGAAGGAGCGCCUGGAGUUUGUCCUGGUGGCCCACCAGCCGAACUGUAAGAUCCCAUAUCAGGACCAGCUUCAGCAGGGCUCAGCGCAGCUCCCUCCUGUCCAGUCCCAGCUAGCUCCCCAGACCUUACAACCUCCCGUCUCCAUUGUGGGCUUGGCUGUGAAGGAAGACUCUUUCUAUCUGCCUCCUGCCUACACAGCUCAUCCGGCCUCCACACAGUCCCAGCCUCCGGUUCAGCAGCAGCAAGUCCAGCAGCAGCCUCAGCCAGGGAUAAUGCAGGAGGUAGAGUUUUCUAGUUCUUUCUAUGGCUCAAGUGAGCCGGCAUCUGGCGGGCCGUGCCUUAUGGCCAGCGACAGUGGUGGUGGUGGUGGUAACCAUGACGAUGCGGCCAUUGGCAGCUACAACACCUCAUACACAUCUUCAUUUGUGUUCACCUACCCAGAGGGAGCCUGCGGGGUCAGUGCCAACCAGCGGAACAGCAGUAGCGAGCAGUCAUCUGAUUCCCUGAACUCGCCCUCUCUGCUGGCGCUCUGACUGACCGACAGACACAUGCGCACACAUUUUAACACGCACAUACAUUAUGCUCGCUGGAAGUAAAGGCUGAGGCAAGUACAUGCACAGUGCCAAUCAGUCUCACAGAUUGAGACAAAAAAAAAACAAAAAAACAACCAAUCAUUUGUAUGUGAUUGUGUUGAAGUUUGCACAUUCUGAAAUGCAUUCCAAAUAAGAGCCAAACAAACCCUUAAGAUUGUAACAUUGGGCUUAAACAACAAACAAAUUCUUGUUUUGUAUUAUCAAGUACCUGCAACUGGACAAGAUAAGUGAAUAGCCCAAGUCCAAGUUGCCGGUUUUAAGUGCUCUGAAUUAACAGAUUAAUUCACAUUGAAUACUCUCAAUCUUCAACAUGUACAGUACAUUGAUACCAUAAACUCACUUUACACUCCAACAAGCACCAGUGCCCCCACCUUGUUCCCUCUGUCGGUUGCCCCUUUUCCAGUGCUCUUGCUCUCAUCCUUUUCCAUCCUUUUCUCCCUUCUUCCUUUUGCUGAAUGUAUUUGUGCCGAUCUGAAAUAGGGACGAAGGACACUUUGUGCAGGGUCUUUUCUUGUGGGAGACAGACUGCUGAUGUCUCGCUCACCUCUAACUCUUCAUCUGCUUGACUUCCCUCUGCUUCUUCAUUUGCUGCUUGGACUUGGCAAGUUGAGGAUCUGUGCUUCUUUUCGUUUUAAAAAAUUCUUCUGCCGUCUGCCUACCUGCCAUGCGACCCAUCUCUACCCAUCUCUGUUUCUCCUCUUCUGUCUCUGUGUUUCUCCCUCUCUGAAGUCUUCAACCUCCGAGAGCCCGAAGACCCCCUCCAGCCCUUGGGACCUUGAGUGAAUGCCGGCCCAACUAACACGUCCUUUUGCACCCUUUGAUACAAGGACAUGGACGCAACCCCCCAAUACAGAAGAACCUUUAUCUUGGAGCGCAUUGCUCAAAGAGGAUCCUUACAGUGAACAGCAGCUAAAUACUUUUAACACAUGCACAUAGACGUGUAAUUGAUGAACCCAAAACUCAAGACGGAUGCCACUGUCUUCUGCUGAGCCAUGUUUUGAUGUUCACACGAUGAAGAUUAGACACAUCUUAUGUUGUGAGGAGGGUUAAAAGUGAGGAUGGAGAGAGAUUUUAGCGGGAAGGGAGAAAGGAUGUGCAAGCAAGCUGGACAGACACAAAUGGAGAGGUGAUGGACAGAGGAUAACUCCCAUCCUAACCAUUGAUUUUUGGAACCAAAUGUAAGAGCCAAAUGUUAAAAAACAAAGCAAAAAAAGAAAGAGAAAACAAUCCUGCUCUUGCCAACUGUGUGGAAGGGUGACCUCAGUAAAAACACCUCCAUACCGCAGAGCCUCAUCACCCUGGGCCUACAUGCUCAUAUUCACACCAUCGCUUUCAAGUCUCUGAACUGAAGAUACAGACGUUUUGUUGCAUCGCACCAGCGAGUGUUGCUCAGAAUCAAUCAGAUGUGAACCGAUGCCUUUAUUUAGAGGAGAGACAUUUUUGUAGUGAUUCAGACAACCUCUAAGCAUUGGGCUCAGGGGUCUCUGUACCUCCCCUUUUCUCUCAGCGGAGACGAGGCGGGGGUGCAUUUAUUGUGAGUGUGUCCACUCCGAGGCACCUGGCCCGUUUAUUUCUUUCUUUAUUGAGGUUGAUGUGGUGAGAGAGCACAAAGCAAGACCUGGAAACAAAAAGGGGAGAACACGUGGGCUGAUGUUGUGGAGUGAGCGUCCUUUCUUUGCCUGUGAAUUUGUACAAUUUGUUUUUCCUGUAUGUUUGAGUGAGAAUUGUUAUAUAUUUUAAUGUUUAUGUUUGUUUGUGUGUUCGAUUGUUCUGCAAUGACCUCUGCUUUCUCUUGUACUGUUGCCAUUUCUUGUUUUUUAUCUUAUUUUAUUUUAUUUUAUUUCUUUUUUACUUUUCGUUUUGUUUGUUUUUUUAU